CCGCGUGUGUGUGUUCGGAGCCGGAUGUGGAUUCCAGUUGCGCAGUCUGAAGUAUGGCGGCGUCGGAAGAGGUGACGUUUUUCGUUGUAAACAACAUUCCCGCUCUGUUCCGAUCCGCGGAGCUGAGGAACUAUUUCAGUCAGUUUGUCGAGAGUAAAGGGUUCGCGUGUUUCCAUUACCGCCAUCGGCCCGAGGUGCGAGCGCAGGGCGCCGGAAACAGCGGAUCCGGCGAGAGGGGCUCGGAGGGGAAAGCCGCAGGCUCGUGUUGUUGUGUGGUAUCGGUUCGCUCUCGGGAGUCAGACAGAUUCGUGAAGAUGUACUCAGGGAACCACUGGAUCGACUCUAAAGGAAACUGGCUGAGAAGAAAGUGUUUGAUCCGGAGAGUCAGAGUAUCGGAGCAGGCCGAGCAUAAUUCAUUCCCGUACAAGACGAAGGCCGAGAUGAGACGACACUUCGCCCAAUCAGAGCACUUCACGCUGUCGGACCUCAAGGGUCUGCCGGAGCUCAAUCCGCCCUCGCUCAUGCCGGCGGGGAACGUUGGCACACCUGUGAGCGUUUUCCUGGAGCUCAUCCAGUCCUGCCGUCUGCCGCCGCGGCUCAUCCGCAAACUGGGGCUCACGUUUCCUAAGACGGGCUCGAAUCGCCGCUACGGGAACGUGCCCUACAUGUAUCGCAACACGACAGUCAUGAGUCCCGCGGAGGAGAGCGUCUUCACCGCCGGAGGAGUCGAGAUCUCGGGGCCCGACCGCCUGGACACGCCCACAACCUCACAUACAAAAGAUAAAAACACGCCCACAACCCCACAGACAGUAGAUAAGGACACGCCCACAACCUCGCGGAGAGUAGAGACGCCCACAACCUCACGGACAGUAGAUAAGGACACGCCCACAACCUCACAGAGAGUAGAUAAGGACACGCCCACAAGACCUCACGGAACCUCGCGGAGAGUAGAUAAGGACACGCCCACAACCUCGCGGAGAGUAGAUAAGGACACGCCCACAACCUCACGGACAGUAGAUAAGGACACGCCCACAACCUCGCGGAGAGUAGAUAAGGACACGCCCACAACCUCACAGAGAGUAGAUAAGGACACGCCCACAACCCCACAGACAGUAGAUAAGGACACGCCCACAACCUCACAGAAAAUAGAUAAGGACACGCCCACAACAUCACGGAGAGUAGAUAAGGACACGCCCACAAACUCACAGACAGUAGGUAAGGACACACCCACAACCUCACAGACAGAUGAAGAGGACACGCCCACAACCUCACAGACAGAUGAAGAGGACACGCCCACAAACUCUCAGACAGAUGAAGAGGACCCACCCAGUUCUCCACUUGUCAAUCAAGAGUCACAGGAAGCAGGAAGUGAAGAGGAGCUGUCCGGCCCUGAUGAUGAUGAUGACCGCUGUGAGGAGUGGGAGCGUCACGAGGCCCUCCACGAGGACGUCACCAGUCAGGAGCGCACUAAAGAGCGGCUGUUUGAGGAGGAGAUCGAGCUCAAGUGGGAGAAGGGAGGAUCGGGCCUCGUCUUCUACACAGACGCUCAGUUCUGGGAGGAGGAGGAAGGAGACUUCGAUGAGCAAACAGCAGACGACUGGGACGUGGAUAUGAGCGUGUACUAUGACAGAGCUAGUGGCAAGUCUUCUCGCUCUGUGUGUGAGUGCCCUUCGGAUGGGUUACAAGUGCAGAGCACAAACUUCUUACCCAGAAAAGCAUCACUGAUUCUGCAUACCAUCUCCACGGUUUAUGAUGAACCUAAAGACAUUGAUAAAGGCGAUGAAGUGCUGCGGCGUCAACCCAGCACCAGCAUGAAGUACAGACACCGGACACGACCGCUGAACACUAGUGGUGUUCACUAUUAAGACUGAUGAAAACAAUGACUGUUUUUACACAGAGCUGUGCAUUAUUUUUCUGUAACUAUUGUAUUAAAAGUUUUUAACAGAAA